UGUGCUGAUUUGUGCGUGUAAGAUUUUAUCAGUUGUGUGAAAAUUUUGUAAAAUAGUUUCACCGCAUAAUACUAUUAUUUUUUAAUUAUAUAAGAAAGAUAAAUAAGCAAAAGAAGUAGUAAAGAAGCAUAAGGCACAUUAUUAACAUUAUUAACUUAUACGCAUGUCAAACAUAAUAUUUUAAUAACCAGUGAAGUCGAAGGUGAACAACAACAACAAAGUGGAACGCCAACCCUCCAAAAUUGUGUUUUCGCACAUUUGCCGCCGAUUUUACCGCGUGAAAAGUUGGCUGAAAUAAAUCUAAAUUGAAAGCGUUCGUAUAAACGUUUUCUUUUUUGUUGCAGAGACUACCAAGUAGGCUUGUAACUAACGCGGUUGAAUAUAACCUCUUUGACACGAUGAUACCCACAAACACAGGACUACAUUCGGAAGAUCACAUAUAUUGCCAACGUCAAAACAGUAAUAUGACUUUAGAAAUACGACAAAAUCAUCGUGUACCUCUGCAAGCGCAGCAACAAUUUUCGCAACAAAUCCAGCAUACUUUAUCACCUCGACAACCACAAUUACCCCAACAGCAACAACAAAAUUGUAGUGUAUCAAACAGACUAGACGAAGUAACGCAAACGUUGCAACAGAACCCUUCACAGCAGCACCAAAGGGCGACAGUUUCCGCUACCGUUUUUACUUCGCACGAUUUGGCUGUCGAGAGUGUGAUGCCAGGCAUAUAUUUAACAAAGAAUUUUAUCGCCUGGAAUGAGGAAAAUUUACGUUCUCAUGGCUUUACACAUAUCAUAAUAAUUGACAAGCACAUACAGGAAUUGUAUUAUCCUUCACCCAUAUUUAAAUUAUCCACUGAAAAUACCACUGUUGAUGCAUUUGAUACAUAUGAAUACUUUAGUCAUCCAGCCACUGCGUCACUCAAAUUUGGUAAAGAAUUUGAAGCGAUUGAUUUGAAUUUUGGCGAAAAAUCCUACUUGACCACUGUGUUGCCGAAUUGCUAUCGCGCUGUUAAAUUUAUAAAUAAAGCCUUACUAGCGGGUGGCACAAUCCUGGUAAUCGAUUGUAAUGGCAGUGAACAAAAGUGUGUGACAAUUGUUGUGGCGUAUCUGAUGUACAAGCAUAAUAUAAAUUUUAGCAAGGCAUUUUCGCGCCUAAAAGAGCACUAUGAAAAGGCUGAUCUGGAUCGCUUCUAUAUGACACAAUUGUACGAAUAUGAACCAAUAUUACAGGUGCAGCGUGCACAAUCACGCGGCCAGAGUUGUUCACGUGAAAUGUACUCGGCCAUACUGAAACGUAAGAAGGCAGAUGAUGAGGAAACGAGCGUAUAUGAUGGUAGCAUGCCAUUUUGCGUUAGCAAUACUACACAAGACUUUUUCAAUUCAUUCAAUCCGUUAACAAAUUUUAAUGCGACAACAACAACAAUUGCGGAAAGGAAUUUGAAAACAGUAAAUGCAUUUAGGCAACAAAGACAGCACAAUGAAACACCGGUGCAACGUGAACACAAUGCUGCUUCAUCAUCAGCAAUUUACGGUAGCGAUGAUUAUGCUAUGGAGUAAAUGAACUGAGUUUUUUUCAAUGUUGGCAACCGGUUAAGCUCCUAGGUUAGUAAUUUUGUAUAUAAAUUUUUGCAUACUUCAUAUAUUUAAGUAUGUUUAACUAGUUUUAAUUAAUGAUAAAGUCAGUCCUUUCCUACAUUUAUAUUCCAAAUAUAUGUUUCACUAAGUAAAAAUAUGACAUCAUUUCACAAAACAAA